AUGUCCACUAUCGCACACGGCACCGCCUUCGAGACCCUUGACGCCCUGGAACAGCGCCUGCAACGCGUGCGUUUCUUGCUCUACGGUACCUCUGCCGCUACCGACCCGAACGACAACGACAAAACGUCCACCGACUCUCCCGUAACUCAAUCCAUCGCUUCGCGAAUACAAGCACUGCAGUCCUCACUUAACUCUGUCCUGUCCGACUCAAACUCCGCUCGGGACAUCGUCACACUACAAUCACAACAUCUACACCAUGCCCCUGACAUGACCCAUCACGCCCUGACAGCCCUCGUUCUCUCUCAUGCACCAUCGUAUCAGGCCACAGCUGCCCGUCUAACCUCCUUGCAAGACCUGCCAGUACCUGAUCCUUCUUCCUCGGCCGCCCUUAUUCACUUGCUUCCCCGACUGCAACGCCUUUCACACAGACAAGAUGCUCAACAAGAAUCAAUAGCCCAACUGCGACACCAGAGUCUUGCCAUAUUGGCCAGAUGGUACGAUUCUGCCAUUAUUGGCAUGGACGAUUGCUGGACUGAGUGGGAAGCAAGACUCAUGAACCAGGAGAAACUCGUCAGAAGAGCAGAAGCCGACAAGAAACAACACGAGAACCCUCUUUGA